AUGGCGUACCGUGGCGUCCGUGCUGGAUUUUUAAACGUGACCGAUCCGAUCGGGCCGCUGCCAAGCGUCCAGUCGGCGGUGGUUGGGUCCCACCCGCUACCGUCCAUCGCGUUCAGCUACAUCCGUGGCGCCCAAUGGAUCGACCAAGACGUCCUCGUUAGUGUCAUUUCCCAAGUCGAGUCGUUCGAAGUUGCGCAGAAAGCCAACAACUUUUCCCACGCGUCUGGCCCGACCCCCAUGUUCUCCAUCGAGUCGGCAUUGGAUGUAAACGUGUACAUCAACGUGACGUCGCAAGGCGAGUGUGCGACGAUCACCGCCGCGUACGCCAACAACUUUUUCACGUACUGGCCGAGCCGCCUGUACUGCUUGGUGCAUAUCAACUCGCUGGCGUCGACACUCCAAAUGGUCACGGCGUCGGGACAAGCGAUCGUGUAUCCGCAAGCGUCGGACGACGCGUUUGUAUUCAACUCCGUAUCCAACGUCGCCACCAACGCCGAUUGCGUCCAGGCGUGCAGAGUCAAAGGCAAUUGUGCCGGAAUCGAGUACGCCAGUGCGGCGAAAACGUGCAAGCAGUACCAGCCUCGAGGCUCCACGUUUCCUGAUGUUGUCGCGGGGUGGGUGUACGAUCCCGUGUCGAACGUCGACAGCGGCGGCGUCCAGUACUCGCAGAUGACCAUGUCGGCGCUUCCUGCCGCGUAUGUCAAGGAGUCGAUCCCCGGGGUCGCCUCGCUGCAAGCAUGUGCGUCGUCGGCCAAGACCAAGGCGAACACGCUGUUUGGCUACAACGCCAAUACCAAAGUGUGCGUGAUGUAUGCGCCGAUUGCCAGCGCCACCAAGCAACUGAGCCUCGUCAAUACGCCUCUGGUCCCCGUGCUGCUGUCGGGGACAUUCGGCAGUGACGUGGUCAGCGGAGCCAUGACGGCCUCGACUGCGUCCGACUGCUACAAGUUGUGCGUGCCGUCGCAGAACCUGUGCUUUGCGUCCGUGUUUGAUUCGGCCACCAAGACGUGCACCUACGUGCAGCCGUCGUUCGAUGCCGCAUCCACACUAGGCUGGAUCAUCCCCAAGACAUUGCCAGACACGAUGACCACCGUGAACCAAGUCGAUUUUUACGUGACUGCCCAUCAAGACGACCACGAGUUGUUCAUGUCUGCACCGAUCUAUUACUCGAUCAAGAACCCAUCGACCAAGUCCGUGUUUGUGUACAUGUCUGCGGGGGACGCCAGUCGCACGGAUGGAUGGUGGCAAGCGCGUGAAACCGGGACGCUUGCAGCCACAAAAUCGUGGGUAAACUCGUUUGGGAUGUACACCCCCGUGGCUCGUGUCGAAACCGUGCUGAUGAAUGGCCACCACAUCCAGAAGAUCUCGAUCGGCAACGCCAUCCACUACUUUCUACGGCUGAGCGAGUCGGACCUCGAAAGCGUCCUCAACAACAACCUACAGCGAUCGCCGUUGGACCGACCAACCGAAGCGUACGCCGGCGCUGGAGCGGUGAAGGCUGUGGUAAAGUCCAUCAUCCUCGCGGAAGCCAAAGCCGUGGCCAAGGUCACCGCGAGCUACUCAAACUACCUCAUCAACCCCAGCGAUGAUCAUGUGCUGCACGUCGCGUCGGGCCGCGUGACGGCAGAACUGCUCAACUCGGACGCCCUGUUCAAGUCCUGUGUAUCGCAAACGCCGUAUUUUGGGUACCAAUUCUGGCUGGACGCUGUCAACAUGAAGGACCCGGAGAAGCUUUCCCAGCGCGCGCUCUGGCUAAGUUUGAGCGUUGGGAUUUACAACCAGCAUGGCAGCUAUACGUGGUCGGACCACUCGCCAGAGCUCGGACGGACGUACUCGAGCACGCCAGUGAUCAAGACGGCGGCGUGUGCGUUUUAG